AGCUAUUUUUUAAAUAUAAUUCGUUUCUGAGUAAGAACUGGAGUAAUGAUAUUAUGCUUUACGUUCGGUUUACUGGUAUUUUCUGUAAUGUAUGGCGAAGACGUUGAAACAUUUAGAAAAUAUCCAAUUCCAAUUUUCAGAAGAUACGAACCUUUUCGACUAAUUAAUUCGAAGUCGAUUUCUAGAAAUGAUAUACAUUAUUCCAGACUGACCUGGAAGAAGAAGAUAACUUUUCAAUUUAUGGCUUUCCAUAGAUUCUUUCAUGUUGUCGCUUACCGUUCGACUUUGUCUGCGGAUGCCACUGUUUAUAUCCACAAUAGAAACAAUGUUACAAUGAAAAAUCUGAUUAAUUUAGGAAUAGAAGUCUACACUGGAUGGCUGGUAGGCCAUCGCGAUUCUUUUGUUGUAGGUUUCUUCAAUAAGAAUGUAUUUCAGAGCAUCAUCGUCACUGAAGAGGAGACGUUUAAUGUGGAACUUGCCAGUAAAUAUUUAAAAAAUAAAACAAAUUUUGAUGCAAUUGUCUACAGAAGUUCAGAUAUUAUAAUUUUAUCUGAAAAUAAUGGCUCAAAAUGUGGAAGUAUAGCAAACUGGAAGAUUAAAUCUUUAAAGAUUGCACACGAUGCGGGAAGAACGUUCGAAAGUUCGAAUGAGAGAACGGUAUGCAAUUUAGAUAUGGUUAGUGAUAUAUCUUUAUACGAUAAGGAUAACUCUAACGAAGCAGACAUUAUUCAACAAAUGCUCUUUCUAGUUACCGCUGCGGAUAGGUUCUUCUCUAAAUUCGAUUUUAAUAGAGAUGGACAACGAGAUAAUAUAGGUAUUACAGCGAGUAGAUUUACGAUAUUUAAAGAUUUUCAAUCCACUCUCUAUCCAUUUAGAAACAUAAAUAAUAGUACAGACAUAGAGAAAUACCUGAAAAGUGCAGAAAAUUACGAAAACGAUUGCUGCUUAGUCCAUUUUCUGUUCUUCAAAUCGUUUGAAAGCGAUAAGAGUGUUGUAGCGUCUUUUGGUGGUUCCGAGAAUAAUGGAAUUUGUAUGAACUCAAGAAGGACAUUUCGUUCGAGAAAUGUUGUUAUCACCACAAGAAAAUACGGUCCAUUUGCAAGACCGUUAAUUGAAGCAUCUUACUUAUUUGCUCACGGCGUGGCUCAUGCUUUCGGUGCACCCCACACGAAUGCCAAUAGAAAAGGUCAGAAUUUUUUGAUGGAUCCACAUUUUGGCAUGUUAGAUUUGACAAAAACGACUCUUUCAAAUUAUAGCAUCGAUUCUAUAUCUGGGAUUAUUCACGAAAGAGGAAGUUGGUGUUUGAGGAAGGAGGACGAUGCCGUUUGUGGUAAUAGGAUUACAGAAGAAGGCGAAGAAUGUGAUUGCGGGGAUAGGAGUAUUUGCGAUAGUAUCGAUCCCAGCUGUACCCCUUCAGACGGAAACGGCACAGAUAAACCAUGCUCUUUACGACGUAGCGAAAAUAAGAUUUGUAGUCCUAGAGAAUCAGUAUGCUGCACCAAAGAUGGAAAAUAUGUUAGGAGAGAAGACAAGAAAAUUUGUACAAGUAACCUUAAUGAAUGCGUGAAACCACAGAUAUGUAAUGGCAAAUCUUCAGAUUGCAAACAACCCAGUAUUUCGUAUCACAGAAAACUGUGUGCAGGAAACUCAAGGUUUUGUUACCAUAGUUUCUGCAACGGAAGCAUAUGCUUCAAACAUGAAUUAUUGGAUUGCGAAUGUACCGAUGAUUUUUAUGCGUGCCAUGUUUGUUGCGUGUAUAAAAACAUAUGCAAUUCCUUUUAUCUGUUGGCUAAACCAUUGUACAAAGAAGUUCCGAUAAAGCGAUUAGGAGAAUAUUGCAUGAAUAAAACGGGCUACUGUAAUGUGGAUGGAAAAUGUAUUAAAUUUGAAUUCAAUCCUUAUGAAUCCUUGAAAUAUUCUUCUAUUCACCACAAUGAUUCUAAUUUAAUGUUUCUGUUUUUUGCAUUUUUAAUAUCAGCCAUUAUAUUAAGCAUAAUUUACAAUUACAUAAAAAGAGGAAAGGAGAGAAGACUAGCAAUAUACUUUCAAAAAUGUAUCAAUAUAAGAAGAAAAGAUCUUAGCCAUGAAAUUACACAUAUAAAUAUCUCACAGAUUAAUACUUUUAUCCGUUUGUCAACUUUGUUUCCAUCUGUUUCACUUAAUAUCAUAUUUAUUUUGAUGAAAAUCUUGAGUGAAGAGAGACUGGUAGUGAUCUCUAUAGUGUCUAGUGGUAUUCCUAUGAGGAUCGAGUUUGAAAAACCGAUUUUCAUUCCCAAAAUGAAAUAUUAUAAGAUAUUAGGACCUAAACAUAGACAUUUUAAAAAGAAAAUUUCCAAAAUUAAAAGAGCACUUUCGUAUAGAUUGGAAGAAGAAAUGCUAUAACGUGAACAUUGAAUUUAUAACCGAAAAGUAUAC